GCCGGUGAGUUAAAUUUUCUGCGCCACAUCUGGACGAUUGGACAUCAUUUAAUUUGCGUCUUUUUCAACGGUUCGUGGAGCUGGUGCCCGUGGACCGUUCGCGAGAUCAGUGGCGAACGAUUUUUCUCGGAGAAACGAUCGCGGUGACUGUUAUAUGUAUAUCUACAUGUCACACGGACAGUUCGGGCCUCACAUUUCACAUUUCCCAGAGAAUGCGAAUGCUAGUGCAUGACGGUGAUUAGAUGCACCGAAAAAGUACCUCGAUCCCAAGUAGAUGCGCAUAAACGACCACAAAACAAUUUGGCCGGGGUCCAGUCAAAUCGGUGACAUAUCGUGCAUUAUUGGUAUCGUACGGACUUGAAAACUUGCCUACAAGAUUUUUGGAUUUCUGCCUGACAACCAUGGAGAUGUUAUCGAUGGAGACGGACGGAUCCCCGCCACGGUCCACCGGGCCACCAGGACAGGACCAGGAGGAUUCCUUCGGCUGUUUCCAAGGAUCAUCAGCGACGAUGGGCUGCUGCUGCUGCGCGGACGAGCCCUCGUCCAAGGUGGAGCCUGGGACACCGGAACACGGGGAGAUGUCGUCGAGGCACUCGGACCAGGUCUUCGUCAGCGAUCGAUCCUGCACUGAUAUCCUGCCUCUGCUCGUGCUGAUCGGCGUGGUCGUUGGUUUCGGUUUCCUGUUGAGCGUCGCGGUGGAGAAAGGGGACAUUUACCGCAUUAUAAAUGGCUACGAUAACUGUGCGAACGUUUGUGGCCGUGUCACGCUGCACGAAAUCGAUCCCCAGUUCGCGUGCAAGGGCGCAGACAUGACGAAAAAUGGGUACCAGCUGAUAACCGUGGCCCCGAACGGCACGAAAUCGCGAGAAUGCGUGAGAAGCUGCACCACUGACCAAGUAGCGAUCCUGAAUAGAUGCAUACCUAAACAGAUCCCAGAGACUGCCAUUUCUUUCCUGAGGAAGCUUGGUCUGGAUAAUUUUUACGACGAAGCCUCCAGGGAUAUUGGCGUUGCUUGGAAGGAACUGGUCUACUUAUUGCUGAUCGCUCUGGCCAUUUCACUGGGUAUCUUAAUCGCCUUUCGUUACAUGGUGCAGUGGGUCGUCUACAUCGUUCUGAUCGGCGUUAUUUUGGCCUGCGUCGGUGGUUCAGCGUACCUCUGGCUGGCGUGGUAUGCAGAGAAAAAGGCGGUAGAGGCGGGAGAAAUACCGGAAGAUGACUCGAGUCAACAGGCUUACUUCAUCUACGCUAUUAUACUCUCGACUAUUACGGUCAUCACGCUUCUGAUCGUACUGGUGAUGAGAAAAAGAAUCGCCCUCGUGAUGCAGCUGUUCCGCGAGGCGGGAAAGGCUGUUUACGCAAUGCCAGCCCUCCUUCUUCAGCCUAUAUACACUUAUCUUCUGAUCGGUUUCACCGUUUGUGCCUGGGUUUAUUGCAUCCUUUGGAUAGAAAGCGCAGGAAACAUUUACAUGAACAAGAAGAAUCACAUCCAUUUCAGGAAAGAUGCUGUUCUAAUUGCGAGUAGAUGGUACAAUCUGUUUUUCUUCUUCGUCACCUGCGAGUUCCUGCUAGGCUGUCAACAUAUGGUUGUUGCCUGCGCCGUUGCACGUUGGUUCUUCACCAGAGAUAAGAAGCGUCUUUCUCUGGCGGUCACUCGAGGCUUCGGGUAUCUCACACGAUACCACUUAGGCACGAUCGCAUUUGGUGCAUUGGUCAUUGGCAUCAUUCGAUUGAUAAGGGCCGUUAUCUCCUACGUGCAGAAUCGGUUGAAAAAUUAUAAUAACGAUUUUGUACGAAUGUUGUUAUGGUGCUGUCAUUGUUGCUUCUGGUGUUUCGAGUGCGCCCUAAAGUACCUCACCAGAAAUGCUUAUAUUGAAACAGCUAUAUACGGAUGUAAUUUUUGUACGGGUGGCAGAAAAGCCUUCCAAGCGCUGUCAAGUAACAUACUAAGGGUUGUAGCCAUUAAUAGCGUUGGGGAUUUUGUUUUAUUCUUGGGAAAGGUGUUAGUGGUUACGUUGACAGUUGUUUCAGGGAUUUAUUUAAUACAGAAGAAAGAAGGACUCCAUUAUCCAUGGGUACCGAUUGCGUUGGCUGGAUUGUUUGCUUUCCUGGUGGCGCAUUGUUUCAUUUCCAUCUAUGAGAUGAUCAUAGACACGAUAUUCCUUUGCUUCUGCGAGGACUGUGAGAAAAACGAUGGUAUCAACAGGCCUUAUUUCAUGAGCCGUGGAUUAAUGGAAUUCGUCGAAAACAGCAAGAAAGCUCUCAAUUAUGUGGAUCAUCAUCCAUCCACUGCUCAAUUGUAAUUGCGACGUUCUGUUGCUCGUUAAAAACUCAUGAAGCAGUUGGGAGAUGCAAGGAUUUCCAGAUUGUCUUCAGAAUCACUACGGCAUGAAUAUGCCUGGCGAAUGAACGUCAUAUUUAUAUUAAACUUCGAUCUUUUCUUCCCGCCAUAGCAUCUGCAAAUUUUCCAAAAAACACGUCAGAUGUUAUUUAUUUUUAUCUUUAUUUUUAAAUGCAAAUACGAUACCACGUGGAAAGCUGUAUGAUAAGUCUCAGACAAUUUAAAUAACGAAUCCUCCGCUAUAGUCUAUUCAAAAUUAUAAUCAUAGUUAUAAUUAUAGGUAUAGACGUUCCAUAUAUAUAUAAAUUAAUGUUAAAAUUCGCGGAGAGAAAAUAGUUUUAGAGAAAAUUAUUUUUGGAGAGCGAUAAGUGAUUUGUGUGAUAAAACUAAAUGGUAUGACAAGGAAUUAAAAAUUGUCUGUAACUUAACAUACAAUUUCUAUGAAACACUGUACCCGGUUCGAGAAAUACAGUGUACGCACACUAGUUUUUCCACUGAAAAGAACGAACAAAAUUAUUGUCAUUAUUUCCAUGUUACAAAUUACCUCGAAUCAUUGUUAUCCGCGAAGUCUUUGGCCGUAUAUAAGUAGAGGCUAUUAAAUUCAGACUGUAACUGCAGCUAGUUAUAUGCGAACAAAUGAUCGUUAACAUUCCGGUUCCUAGAUCGCAUGAUCACCGAGAAACAUCGAAUCAAAUACUUCCUGUUCUUCUUUUUACGAGCCUAUCGCUCCUCCGUGGCUCGUUGGAGCAACGUAGGCAAGCAAUUUACGUGCAGUUUACUCGCAUCGAUGAUAUAAAUGUAUUCCUGUGUAUCUUGUUUGUAAUAUAAACGUAUAAAUAAUAACGCUCGGAUAGUUCAAGUGACGAGGAAUCACUGCAACAUUAUGAAAGCACUAAAUACGCUGUGGCAAUUCGCAACGUGAAACGUCUUGGAACACGUUUCAAACGAGAGCGCAUUGCCAAGAGCGAUCUAAACUCGCGCCAGCGGGCUGAAAAUUGAUCAGAAAAGCGAUAGUGCGAGUUAGUAACGACGAUAACGCGUGGCUAUCUGAGUAAUUGCAAUCGCAUCGACCAACAUGCCUGUGUACAUACAUUCUUUCACACGAAACCGCCCAUCGAUGAUACGCGUUUCAGGUGUCACACCCUUUCAUGAUCGAUUGUCGACGACCAACAUGUAUAACGUUAUUUUUAAACGUGGUCGCAGCUUUAAGUCGCACGAUCACUUCC